UCUCCGCGCGUGUGUGAGUGUGUCAAAUGCGCGCGGUCCGGCGAUGGUUUGGUCCAACGGGAGCGCGAGCUGCUGCUCCGAGUCUCCGGGGUCUGUCUCGGACCCCGGGGCGACUCGUGACUCUGCGCUCAGUCUGAGCCCCACCGCACACUCGGUGGUGGCCGCGUGCCUCGGCUUCAUCUCCACCUUCGGCUUCGCGAGCAAUCUGCUGACGCUCGUGCUGUUCGGCCGCCACAAGGCGCUGCGUUCCCCCAUCAACCUGCUGCUCGUCAACAUCUCAUUCAGCGACCUGCUCGUGUGCGCGCUCGCCACACCGCUCAGUCUCGCCGCCAGCACGCGCGGACGCUGGCUCGCCGGACGCACCGCGUGCGUGUGGUACGGAUUCGCUAAUUCCCUCUUCGGUAUUGUGUCGCUCAUCUCCCUGGCGGUGCUUUCCUAUGAGCGCUACUGCACCAUGAUGUGCCCGACCAAGCCUGAUGUCACCAACUACAGAAAAGUUGCACUGGGAGUUGUGCUGUCCUGGGUCUACUCCCUCAUCUGGACUCUGCCGCCAUUCUUCGGUUGGAGUCGCUACGGACCCGAGGGGCCCGGAACCACAUGCUCAGUGGACUGGGCAGCCAAGACGACCAACAACAUCUCCUACAUCAUCUGCCUCUUCAUCUUCUGCCUUAUCCUCCCGUUCCUUGUCAUAGUCUACUCUUAUGGGAAGCUGCUGCAUGCAAUCAAGCAGGUGAGCAGCUUGACAACUUCGACCAGCCGUAAGCGUGAGCAGCGUGUCCUCGUCAUGGUCAUCACGAUGGUGCUGUGUUAUCUGCUCUGCUGGCUCCCAUACGGCAUCAUGGCGCUGCUGGCUACGUUCGGAGCGCCAGGUCUGGUGACAGCUGAGGCCAGCAUCGUUCCCUCGCUCUUGGCCAAGACCAGCACCGUCAUCAACCCUGUCAUUUACAUCUUCAUGAACAAGCAGUUCAACAGAAGUUUCUGGUCUUUACUCAAAUGUGAAACAUCUCAUGGAGGCUCCAUUCAGAGCUGGUCGAGAGCAAACAAACCCAUGCGACCCGCCGGCAACAAUCUGACGUCCAUGGUUGCGUCGGUGGAUCAAAGAUCACCAGCACCGAGCACCUCGAAGAGCCACAAGAAGCAUCCAAUGAUAAACUCAGCCAAACCCCCAGCGCUGUCCCUCGUGGCUCGUUACAACACCUCGAUCUGAGACUACGUGUACGCAGAUACGUCCUUUUCAAAAGAACUUCAGUGUGUGCAAAAAAGAAAUCUGUGGCGGUACAAACCUGCUCAUUUUUGAUAAAAAAACAUUUCCUGGGGCCUACAACUUCUUGGGUCUAUUUUCCCCCUGAGGAACUUUUUUUAUGUACAUUUCAAGAAGUUCUUCUUUCAUUCUUUGAUGGAAUAUGGAAGCAGGCUUACUGCUACAUCAUAGACUGCCCAUUUUUUUAUUUUUUAAUAUAAAAGCUCAUAUGCAGAAUGAAAGAAAACCACAAUUUCCUAAAUGCACAGAGAGCAUAAAAACCAGCUAUUACGACAGCAGUUACAACCGAAUUCAUCGCAGCCACGUAAUUGAGAUUCAGUAAAAGUUCCUGUGCUAUUUAAAUGGAUCUGAAGUCAGAGAUGUUGGCAAAAGCUGUCUGAUAUCACGCUUAAUAACGUUUAAUUCAAGCCAUCCGGCCUUUUUUGUGUUCCUGCUAUAGGAGCUUUGUAAAAUUGCCAUAUGUUUGUUUCUAGAUGCUGCUCAGAGAUUUCUAUUGUGUUAUUUUUGUACAAAUUUGUAAUUAAAUCAAAUGCUGCUCAUCGGUCUGCUGUUAACUCGGAAAUACAAUCUGUGCUGAAAGUAUUACAAGUAUUGGAGCAACAGGGUCAAUUAUUAUCAUUGUUUAUUUAAUUUUAUUUGUAAUAAGAGGCGAUAUAAUAAUGUAGCUCUAGUUACAAUUAAGUACUUUGUUAAUCUACUUUAACACACUAUAACCUUUAAAACAGCGUUCCUGCUGCUUCUGGAACGUGUUCUGGAAGUCUUCUUUUCAAAGCGGGUCAAGCACCUAUUGCGAUCUGGUGUCAAAACGGCAACCUUCGAGCUGGAUACGGUGGCCGAGCAGUGCAAAACACUAACAAAUAACAAAAGCAAAAACGAAAUAACAAAUGGAAAACCAAAUGAACAAAUUCGGAAACAAAAUAAUAAAUGCAAAAACAAAAUAACGAAUCCAGAACAAAUGAACAAAUCCAAAAACAAAACAACAAAUCCGGAAAAAAUAGCAAAUCUGAAAACACAACGACAAUUCAGACAAACUGGAAAAGUUGGGUACAGUUUGUGAAUGAAAAUUUACAGAUCAUUGGAGGAGACACGUUUUUGCAUUUGUUAAUUUGUUUUUGGAUUUGUUAAUGUGUUUUGCACUUCCACCGUAACGAUUUCUUUUGCCACACUGACUUAUGAAAGUCGGUGCUCCCAGUGACCAUGCGUGCAGACUUGUGCUGCCAUCUGUUGGCGUGUUACAAAACUAGUUUCAAAACCUUUUCAUAUCACCUUGUAUUCUUUUUUUUUUCUAAACAUCUGAAUUCCGGUCCAAAAGUUAAUUAUUAGAUAAUGGAUCAAAAUAUUAUUUUCUCAAACAACUAGAACCUUUUCUUUAAAUUUACUGCAAAUGUUUUAAAAAAUAUUGGAACACAAAACUGUUGGCCAGGUUCACACCCUGCUCGAUUAGACAACACGUCUCUGAAUGUCUACUCUUGUGUUUUGGGGAUAAGCCAACAUUAAAACCAGAGAGCUGUGUAUAGGAGAACGGCGUGCGAUUAUGAAGAAGGGAAGUGAAUAUUAUUAUUCUUUUUUUAAUAUAAUAAUAAUAUUAUCAUUAUUACUGUUUAUGCUAUUGCACAAGCACAGGGAAUUUCUGACACUGAAAUAUAUGCACUAAAAGAGAAAGAACUAAAAAGCCAAAGUGAUCAACCAAGAAAAAGCUGUGGAGAAAACCAGCAGUGACUUUACUAACAAGCUCCACAGGGUAGGGGUGAAGGUGUCAUAAUCAAUCAGUGGGGAAAAAAGCCAUUUAAGAACAGGGUACAUGAGCAUAUGGUUCACUCAAAUCCUUAUAAAAGCCUCUUUCUGUAUUUACCAACAAAAUCAUUUGUACAGAUGUGUGUAGUUGUGCAAUUUUUGCCCAAUUAAAAUGCAGCACAGUGAAACGUUAUUGGAGUUUAUUGAUUUAAUCAUACUUGCCCCUAUGAGCUCUUUUUUUGGUUAGCACAGUGAUUACAUGUUUUAUUUAGUACGGCGGAAAUUUCUUUCUUUUAAUUAAAUUUUAAAUAUAAAAUCAACUUGAGGAAAAAAACAUUCAGUUAUGGUUUAUUUAAACAUCACGCAGGUCUUGGAGGGAUUUUUCGGAUUUGUUCUUCAUAUCACAAUGGCAAAUGUCACUAUAUUCAGCUACAAUUCUCAGUUAGUGGAUCGAAAAAAUUUGAUUUUGAAGGACACUAAUUGGCUCCAAGAAAAUAGAGCCAAGGCUUUGAAAAGAUAUCCCAAGUGUCCAGAUGUUGAGAGGGGGAUGGUGUUUUUUUAUGCUGUUCCUUUAUAUAUUUUUUAAUUAUUUCAGAUUUUCUUUGUCUUUAAAUUUAAUCCCAAUGAUUUACAC